UCCUGUAAUUGUCUUGUCUUCCUCUUUCUGUUUCUUCCUUGGAUUUGAUGCAGCUUUUUGUUAUUUAUUUCCUCGAUUGACAAACACGCUUGUUCUACGAGGCACGUUUUUUGCUUUCUAAGAAGCCAUUUCUCUCCGAUUUUAUAUCAUUUCAACGGCAGGCGACAACUGCUGCCUUUUCUCUGUCAAGACAGGCCAUUGACCACAUGCAACUCCCGGCUUCCAAAAUUAAGUCGGUUCUCUUCUUCAUCUCGCUCCGCGCGACUCAGUCUAUUAUUAGCCCGUCUGCCGCUGCCCAACAUCACGGAGAUUCGAGCCGGGCAAAUUGUUUCUUCAUUUACUUGACGGUGGACAAGGUACUGAUGUCACCAAACACCAACGCAAGUAUUGCCUUGUAGUUGCAUCUACCAGGGUCUUGACUGUCAUCUCACGUUUGCUCACAUCACCUGACGGGCUGUUC